GGAUCAAUAGGAGCCUUAGGUAGAAGAGAGGCAGCUGGAGAAAGCAAGAGACAGUGAUCGUCUGCUUUUUAUAUGACAUCUGGGGCGCUUGGAACAAUGUCGCUUCUUGGACAGAACCAAGUCCAUGACAAUGAAAAGGAUAAAGAAUUUCUGAAGCAGGUGGCAUGAUCCCGUUGGUUCCGUCAACGAAGCGCCAGCAGCCGUGGGAGAUGUUUGAAGCAGGCAGAUGCCAGAAAACUUUCGCGAAUGUGUUGAGAUUGCAAGCGAGCUCGAAUGACUUCACCGUCUAAACGGAGAAGUUAUCCGUCGCUGUCAAUGAUUGGCAUCAAUUGGUGGCGGUGCAAACGCGUAGCACGUGCAUGAUUGGUGGCUGUGUCGAGGCCGAAAUUUUUAUGCGACUGAAAAAGUUGAAAUUGAAACUCCGCCCAUCUCUUCAUCUUAUUCCAUAUUCCUUCCGACCUCCCUCCUCCCUUCCUCCUUCCGCCUGUCAUGUCCAAUUUUGUUCAAGGGCUUCACGACCUUCUCCAGCAGGCUACUGCCGGAGACACAAAUCUAUUGAAAUCCGCGACGGCCCAGCUCAACCUUGAGUACUACAAAAACCCGGCAUGCAUCCCCGCCCUCGCUUCGAUCAUGUCCAGCGCCGCGACCCAACCUGUCCGCCAGCUCGCUGCCGUUGAGAUGCGAAAGCGGGUCAGCCAAAACAGCAGUGCUCUGUGGACCCAGCUCGGACAAUCCGAUCGUGAGGAAAUUAAGGGCAAGCUACUACAAAUCGUGCUCACUGAUCCGGAUCACCUUGUUCGACACUCUGUCGCUCGUGUCAUUGCUGCCAUCGCUAACAUCGAGAUCCCGCUCGGUACAUGGCCCGAACUCCUGGGCUUCCUCACCCAGACCUGUGUCUCCCAGCAAGUGCUGCAACGGGAAUCCGGCAUCUUCAUGCUUUACACGGUACUUGAUAACAUCGUCGAGGGAUUCAAGGAUCAUCUUCUCGAGUUCUUCACAUUAUUCUCACAACUUCUCGCGGAUCCCGAGAGCAUCGAGGUCCGGAUCACCACUGUUCGGGCUUUGGGCGUGAUCGCGAGCUACAUUGACGUUGAGGACAAGGCCGAAGUGAAAGCCUUCCAAGCAUGUCUACCUGCCAUCAUGCAAGUUAUCGGACAGAGCGUUGAGUCCGGUAAUGAAACUGGGGCGACACAACUGUUUGACGUUCUCGAAACGCUGUUGAUCCUGGAAGUGCCUGUCCUCGGAAAACACAUCCCCGAAUUGGCAGAGUUCCUGUUGCGGCUGGGUGCCAACCGCAGUUACGAGACUGAACUGCGCGUUCUCGCGCUCAAUGCGCUGAACUGGACCAUUGUCUACAAGAAGUCCAAGAUCCAGUCCAACAACCUUGCCGGUGCCAUCCUGCAAGGUCUCAUGCCCAUCACCACGGAGGCCGAGCCCGAAGACAUCGACGACGAUGCUCCUUCUCGGUCUGCUCUCCGUAUCAUUGACGGCCUAGCCACUGGCCUCCCCCCUUCGCAAGUUUUCCCUCCCCUCCGAAACCUUAUCACCGAAUACUUCUCCUCUCCCGAUCCCAACAACCGUCGUGGUGCCAUGCUCGCUCUCGGAAUUUGUGUCGAGGGUUGCAGUGAGUUCAUGACGCCGCUGCUGAAUUCAGUGUGGCCCGUCAUCGAAGCCGGUCUGCGGGACAGCGAUGCCGGUGUCCGCAAAGCAUCGUGCGUCGCUGUAUGCUGCAUGUGUGAGUGGCUCUCCGAUGAGUGUAUCCUGCGUCAUGAAGUUCUCGUGCCGAGCAUUAUGGCUCUCGUCAAUGACGCCGAGACGCAGAGGUCUGCUUGCACGGCAUUGGAUGCCCUGCUCGAGAUCUUGCACGACCACAUCAACAUGUACCUUGCUGGUAUCAUGGAGUGCCUGACCGGUCUCCUGGCCUCUGCGCCCAUCAGCGUCAAGUCGGUCGUCAUUGGGGCCAUCGGCAGUGCCGCACAUGCCGCGAAGGAUGCCUUCCUGCCGUACUUCCAGCCCACCAUGGAGCACAUCCAGCACUUCCUGGGUCUCACCAACGAGGGAGAGGAGAUCGAGCUGCGUGGAAUCACCGUCGACGCCAUCGGUACCUUCGCUGAGGCCGUCGGAAAGGAUAUUUUCCGUCCUUUCUUCCCUAAUAUGAUGAACCAUGCAAUCCAAGCUCUGGAAGUUGGCAGCCCUCGUCUUCGCGAGUGCAGCUUCUUGUUCUUUGGUGUCAUGGCCAAGGUGUUCGAGGAUGAGUUCGCGGUGUAUCUGCCGGCUGUCGUUCCCGCCUUGUUGGCGAGCUGCGCCCAGGUUGAGCAAGGGGAAGAGUUGUCUGUGGUUGAGGCUUCUGCCGCAUUCGGCACCGGAUCCUCUCCUCAGAAUGCCAUUUCCAUCGUUGACGAAAAGCUGGACGACAACGGAAACUCGGUCGUUGAGAUCGAAGACCUCGAUGUCGACAAGAUGAUGGAUGCCAACAGCGCCAUCGCCGUGGAGAAGGAGAUCGCCGCUGACACCAUUGGGACUCUGUUCACCGCUACAGGCAUCGCUUUCCUUCCGUUUGUGGAGCAGUGUGCGAUGCAACUCAUCGACUUGCUGUCGCACUACUACGAGGGCAUCCGUAAGAGCGCGACCGACUCUCUUUUGGAGAUUGUACGGACCUUCUAUGACAUCAGCAACCCUGCGGAGUGGACGGCUGGCUUGACCAACUACCCCGCGUUGCCAUCGACCGUCAAGGACCUGAACGAGCAUGCCAUCAAGGCUCUGCUUGAGAUGUAUGAGACGGAAGACAACAAGUCCGUUGUCACCUCCCUGUGCACAGGUCUCGCCGAGACUAUCAACAAAAUCGGACCCGCCUUCCUCGAUGGCCAUAUCGAGGAGAUCUCUAAGAUGGCCAUCGAAAUUCUCGACCAGAAGGCGGAAUGCCAGAAGGAUCCGGAUCAGGAUGACGACGAAGAAGCACCCGAAGAUUCGGCCGAAUAUGAGACCAUCCUCAUUUCGUCUGCUGGGGAUGUUGUUGCUUCCAUCGCCAAUGCUCUCGGGCCCGAUUUUGCCCAGGCGUUCGGCACCUUCUACCCUCUGAUCUCUAAAUACUAUAAAAAGAGCCGAUCACUCAAUGAGCGUUCGUCCACCAUUGGCUGCCUGGCAGAAAUCAUCUCUGGCAUGAAGGGCGCCAUCACCAGCUUCACUCAGCCAUUGCUUGAGCUCUGCUUCAAGGCUCUCAGCGACCCGGAUGCGGAUGUGCUGAGCAACGCUGCGUUUGCUGUUGGUGUUCUCGUUGAAAACACCGACAUGGAUCUUUCCGGACAAUAUCUCCACCUCCUUGGCGCUCUCCAACCUCUCUUCAACGCUCCACCGGACGCCCCUGCAAACGUCCUCAAUGCCCGAGACAAUGCUGCUGGCGCCGUUGCGCGGUUGAUCGUCAGAAAUGCGGCCGCCGUUCCCUUCGACCAAGUCCUCCCCAUCUUCAUCCACGCCCUGCCUCUCCGAAACGACUUCCUGGAGAACCGGCCUGUCUUCCGGGCAUUGUUUUUCCUCUGGCAGUCGAACAAAGCACUGUUGGUCCCUUACAUGGGUCAACUGCUACCCGUGUUCGCACAUGUUCUUGACCCCAACGGCCCUGAUCAAGUCGGCGACGAGAUCCGACGCGAUCUGAUCCAGCUCGUCGGCGAGCUGAAUGCGCAGGAUUCGGCUGCGGUCCAAGCGGCAGGCUUGGGUCCUUUCGUUGCUGGCGCCUGAGAGAGUUUUUGCAUACCAUUCCUUCAUUCACCUGGAAGUAUCACCCUAUUGUCAUUUAGGAUAUUUCGACUUGCAUCCCAGUACGUAAUGCUACAAUUAACGAGUCCAUCAUCAUCACAUGACCGUGUCUGAUCGUCCUACCUUCUCCCACUGCCAACGACCACGACUUGUGUGGGCACCUCGCGCCCGCCGCUUUUCAUUCCUAUGUCACCGCCUCUCUUUUUAGUCCUGGUUCUCGUAUGGGCGGUUGGGAGCUCCGCCGUGUCCGUUUUGACGCCCAUUGAAAAUCAGCGACCCCUCGUUGCGCGCGUAAGCGAACCGUAUUCUUGGUCUAUCUCGGCUGCGACUUUCAAAUCAUCGGAUGGAAACCUCGACUACGACACCUCCAACCUCCCUCCAUGGAUGUCCUUCGAUGCUUCCUCGCUGCGGUUCCAUGGCACUCCUGGGCUAUCUGACCAGGGCAGUCCACAGAUUACCGUCACCGCUCGAGAUGGAUCGGGCUCGUCCGCCUCCUCCAAGUUCUAUCUCUGUGUCACCUCGUAUCCUGCCCCUGAGCUCCACAUCCCGCUAGAGUCGCAAUUCUAUGGCGACAACCCCGCUCUGUCGUCCGUCUUCACACUCUCUCCCAACUCGGCUCUUGCGACUCCAAAUCCCGCUCUGCGCAUUCCCCCACACUGGUCGUUUAGCAUCGGGUUCCAAUAUGACACGUUCACUGCGCCGCAUAAUCUGUUCUACGAUGCCGCUCUGGCCAACGGAGCCGACUUGCCCUCUUGGAUGGAGUGGAAUGAGAAAAGUCUGACGUUGAACGGUGUCGUCCCCAGCGAUCAAGUUGCGCAAUCGCCCUAUUUUGUCUCGCUUCAGCUCUUCGGGUCUGAUCAGGAAGGCUAUCAAGCUCUAGCACUUCCCUUCGAUAUCGUGAUCGCAGCUGAUGAAUUCUCUCUGGCUGGACCGCUUCCUACUAUCAACGUGACCGCGAAUGCGCCCUUCAACACAAGCUUCCUCUCUCCUGACGACUUCAAUGGUGCAUUGAUUGAUGGAAAGAACAUCGCGCCCGGCAAUGUGACUGCACUCGAUUUUGACACUAGUGCUUACGACUGGCUGCACUUUGACCUCCAAAGCAGACUCCUUUCGGGAAAUCCUCCAAACAAUUUCAAUGAGAAGAAGCUUGUUCUGCCGCUGGUAUUGACGGUUGUUAACCAGUCGCUCAAUACCAAUGUGUCGUUGGCGUUUGUUCCGUCCUAUUUUUCCAGUGCAGUUCUGCCUCCCCUCAUUCUCCCCGACGAUGGGACUGUGAAGUUUGACCUUGACCAAUACUUCUCGAAUGCCACCAGCGAUCAGCGUGCGGAUGUCACCCUUUCUGCUGCGUAUGACUCGUUGGACGGCGCUCAGUACAUCUCGUUUGAUCCAAACACCGGGCUCCUCUCUGGCACAGUGCCUGAAGACUGCCCGGUUUCUCAUUUCGACGUCGCCUUUACUGCCUACUCCCACAAAACACAUUCAACAUCGCAUGCCUCUCUUUCUAUAUCGACUUCUCCGUCAAAAGGAAAGAAAGCUUACACUCAUCCUGUCAAUCUGUCGGCCACGGCUCACCGGAAGCUGGUCCUUGCCUUGGGCAUUGCGUUUGGAGUGAUUGGAGGCAUCUGUCUACUAGGCGCUGUUCUCUCGGCCUUCAACAGAUUGGCUCGCGUCGACGAUACGGCUCUAUCGAAUGAACAGGGCUGGACAGCCAACGAGAAAAGAUGGUACGGGGUGGCAGAUCCGGAGAAGGGCCUUCCGGAUGUUCCGCGCGGUGCCAUGGACCUCAAUCCCUUUGGAUCUGGCGCGCAGCUUGUGACUCCAGUCCGACCUGCGCCAAAAUACGGUCCGGUGGGCCUUGGGCUCCGGCGCGUUUCCGAACGCAGUGGAUCAGAACCUCUCUCGAGCCCUCAGAGUCCUGGAUUCAUGCGCAAAGCCGAGUUCUUGGACCGAAUUCGGCAGACCGUCAGAAAUGUGAGCGAAAAGUAUGGCAGCCGAGGCAAGGCCAGUCGGCCAGCGAUCAGUAAGCCUCGGCUAGUGGUUCCUGAGUCGGUUCACAUUCCGUAUGGUGCCAAUUCCUACGCCUCCGAUCCUUUCCACGACUCGAAUGGGAUGGUGAGCUAUCCAGGAAGCACGGUGAUGACCAAUUCGCCCUCAACGUCCACUGGAGAGCAUUCGAUCCCGCGUCGAAGAGCUGAUUUCGCGCCACCGAGAGCUCCGGCUGCUGCGCACGUGGGAGAUGGUCUUGUGCGCAAGGACUCGACGAGUUCACUGGAUUCAGAGGAGGAAGGAAUCGUUCAUGUCGCUUCCAAGGCGACGAGUCUUCACAGCGGGACCUCGCACCACGAUCGGCCGCGACUUGUUCCUUUCACGAGUGCAACGCGGGUACCAGUCCCUCGCGUGCCUUCGCUGACGGCCGGUGGGCUUUCGGGAAGUUCCGCCGUACGCAAAAGUCAGACUCCCGACGAACUGAGCGAAGGGUUUCAUUACGUUCGGACCCUCGGUGGCGAUGAUCUGCAGGUUGCGGCGGAUCCUUCCACCCCAUCUAUCUCGACAAACGUUCGGUCGUCAUUCUCGUCCCUGGAGUCGUCUCAUCACGGACACAGCCCUAAUCCUGUGAUCCGCAACUUGGUCCGGGCAGGCGAGAAGUUCAAGUUCCGGGUCACCAUCCAGAACAACGCCAACGGAACAGCGAGGCUGGAAGCCAAACUUGUUUCUGGACAGCCUCUGCCCCGAUUCCUGCACGUAAAUCUGACGAGAGCUUCGGCGACCGGCUCCGUUGAGUUCUAUGGCGCGCCGGGAGCCAGAGACAUGGGCGAGUAUGAUGUCGGAGUGUUUAGUGUGGAGAAUGGUCUGCGCGUGGGGAGAGCUGUUAUCGAGGUUGUUGGAACUAGUCGCUGACCGAUUUUAUUGCAUCAAACUGUACAACAUUGUAUCACUAGAGCAACAACAUGUAGCACAUACUAUCUAUCCACAACGUACUUUGUAUUCGUACAUUACUAUCAUCUAUACCAAUAGCAUUCAAUCUUGCGCGGAA